UUCAUGAGCUGGGGGUUUUGUUGCUGUGUGCGAUGUAUGGGAUUAUAUACAGUAUAAGAUGUAUACGCUACAAUGCGGCCGCUGGGAUGAGGUGAUUGUGUCGGCACGGUUACUGAAAUAGCCCGACACUGCCAGUAAACCAAGUGUGUAAACAUUUUCUGUUUGACUGGAGCGGCCCCUAGUGGUAAUCUGUAAGUAAGGCCAUUGGGGAGAGGGAAAUACAUUUGAUUUCCACCUUCUUUUGUCACGUAACAUUAUUAAACGCAAAGGGAACUAAUUCUGAAUGGAUUCUGAUUGCAGCAGCUGCUCAUUUCACCUGUCAUAGCGGAACAUCCGAUGAGGAAAUUAUUUCUGCCAGAAGAAGGAAUGAGUUCAUGAAUGGAGGGCCUGUCAUGGGAUGGUACUGGAGCAACUGUAAAACGUGGUGGAGCCAAGACCCUUUUUUGCAGGAGGUUGUUCGCUUCUCUCUGUGGUGUCGCGGCCUAACAUUAUUAAUGCAGGUUGUAUUUAACCUCUUGAUACCAGAUCACAGCGCUGAUGCCUUUUCCCCACCAAGGCUUGAACCAAGUAUGUUUGGAGAUCAUGUAGUUGAGCUCUUUUUUGGUGGUUUAGGACGAUGGGAUGCAGAACACUUCCUGUUCAUAGCUGAGCAUGGAUAUGUCUAUGAGCACAAUAUGGCUUUCUUCCCUUUACUGCCUCUUAUUAUUGGAGGUCUAGCGCGAGGACCACUUCUGCCAUUGGCAGGGCUGUUGAGACUACGUAGCCGAUUGCUGAUUUCUUCUGCCUGUCUAAACUGUGUUUGUUCUACCCUGGCAGCAGUGUCUUUGUACCUACUUGGAUGUGUGACUUUGCAAUCACGGCGUCUGGCAUUUAUUGCAGCCCUGCUAUUUUGUAUGUGCCCAGUUUCCAUUUUUAUGUCUACUACCUACUCUGAGAGUCUCUAUGCACUAGCCACUUUCACUGGGUUGUGGCAGCUCCAGAAGAAUAGAACUCUGUGUGGCUCUGCUUUUUUCUCUUUUGCAUCUUUCGCACGUUCCAAUGGGCUGGUUAAUGCUGGUUUCUUGCUGUAUUCAGCUGUAAAGGCAACAGUACAGAGGAAAGGUAAUUGCAGGCUGGUGACGAGGACGGUAUUUGGGAUUUUUUUUGUUAUUCUACCUAUUGUGCUUUUUCAAGGCUAUUGCUAUAUGAGGUCUUGCCUUGAGUCCUUUGAAAAUGAUCAAAUACCUCAAGAACUUCUACAACUAGCACUGGAAAAGGGCUACCGUGUGCAAAAGGAAUCUAUUCCUGCCUGGUGUUCAUUUAGCAUUCCGAUAGCAUAUUCACAUAUACAAAAUGAAUAUUGGGAUGUUGGAUUGUUUCGAUACUUCAAGCUACAGCAGUUGCCUAACUUCCUGCUGGCUUUACCUGUUCUAAUUUUAAGUACAUCUGCAAUACUGGAAUACACGUCUUCUAAUCUGGAGCUAUGCAGAACGCUGGGCCUGUGCAAAGUAAAGAGUAAACAGGCAAAUGGAUUCUAUGGACCUCAAGUGUUUGUCCAUGUAGCACAUCUUGCAGCACUAACAGCAUUUGGAUUCCUGUGUAUGCAUGUGCAGGUGCUCACGAGGCUUCUUUUUUCAUCGUGUCCUGUGCUCUUUUGGUUCUGUUCACAUGUGGUGCACAAGAAUGAACCAUGGAUUUGGAGCCUCAAGAAAUGUAAAACUAUCUACAACCCAGUCAUUCAAUUUCUUAUUGGAUGGACUUCACUUCAGCCAGGGACAAAAAUUAUUUUAGGUUAUUUCUUAGGAUACUGGGUAAUUGGAACAGCUUUACAUGUGAACUUUCUCCCCUGGACAUAAAAGGCAGAUUUUGGAUGUGGGUGUUUAUAAAUCAUAAUUUAUUUUUGACAAACUGUAAGUGAACUAUAAGUAAAGCUAUAUAUUUGUAAGGAAUACCAUUGUAACAGGAUUUAAGAGGUUUCAACUUGCCUGAUCAAAGUUGACCUACAGUUGUUCAGCUCUAUAACCCCUUAAAGAGGUUAUUCCGCCCCUAGACAUUUUAUUCCCUAUCCAUAGAAUAGGGGAUAAGAUGUCUGAUCGCAGGCGGGUCCAGUCUUGAUUACACAGCCUAUCCAGGCUGGCACCCCGGCGUUCUGAACAUUUAUGUUCAGAACGCCGGCUUCGGGCGGCAGUGUUCAUGAUGUUACACCACGCCCCCUCAAUUCAGCUCUAUGGGACAGAGCAUGACGGAUGUGAUCGAGUGAAAUUACGCUGUGUGCACAGUGCAGAAGAAUCUCAUUGAAAUCAAAAGUUCUCUGCUGCAGUGGAAUGUCCUUUCAGAAUUUCUGCACGGAAAUUCAAUCGCGUAAACAGAGCCCGAGGGUAUGUUCACAUGGCAGAAUUUCCUCAAUUCCACAAAUUUUGUUCAGUAAAGCUUGCUGAACGGAAUUACAGAUUUUUGUGUCAUCUAAACACAGAAUUCUUCUGAAAUUUAAGCCCCACUGAUUUCAAUGUAAUGCCGAAAAACAUAAAAGACUAGUCAUAUUUUGAUGGAGCAUGGAAAGCAGAAUUUAUGCCACAGAAAUUCUUCUGUCAGAAUGGGACUGCGGAUUCCCAUUGAAAUAAAUUUCCAGCAAAUUACGGCAGAACACUGUGUGAACAUACCCUAAUACUGACAGUUAUGUUGUGCUGGAGUACAGUAUAACAGGUUAAAAAAACUAAAGUUAUAAAAAUAAAAGGUUAAUCAAUAAAUAGUGUAAAAAAAAUAAGUAAAAAUGUCCCUUUCCCAAUAAAGCUCUGUAUUAAUAUCAAAAAAACUAUACAUAAUAGGGAUUGCCAUGUUUGUAAUAACUAAUUGAUAUUAAUCCCACAAGCUGAACGUGAAAUAAAAAUGAUCAGUAGGAAGCAUGGUCGGAAUAUGGCAUAACACAAAAAAAGAAAGGAAAAGUAACAUAAAAAGCUAUAGAAAUUGAGUGUCACUAUAAUUGUACCGGCCUACAGAAUAAAUAAUUUUUAAUGCACAGUGAAUGCAAAAUAAACAUUUUUUAAUGCCAGACAUUUUUAAACUUUUCACAAUAUUUUGGAGUUUUUCCACAAAAAAAAACAUGUAUUAACUAAAAUUUGUUAGAAAAAAACUAAUCUCAGAAUCGCUUCUGGGAUGAAGAAAAGUGAGUGUUUUUGAAGCCGAUAAUUAACCCAUAACUGCGGUAGUUAUAAUUUUGCCAGAGAAGGCAUUCUGCUAAAACAGUCAUUGACGUAUGGUGACAGUAUUCUAUCAGAUUUAUCCAUUUCCUAAUUUAUCUAUUGGAAUACGCAUCCUUCAGGUUGAUUGUUUGCACCAAAUCAUUCUGCAGAGUACUCCUUUAAUUUAGCAAAACUAAAUCAGAUUUGUAGAUUUACUUUUAAAUCAACUAAUGCCUGAAAGUUAAACAGAUUUGUAAAUGACUUCUAUUUAAAAAUCUUAAUCCCUGUAGUACUUAUCAGCUGCUGUAUGCUCCACAGGAAGUUCUUUUCAUUUUGAAUUUCUUUUCAGUCUGACCACAGUGCUCUCUGCUGACACCUUUGUCCAUGUCAGGAACUGUCCAGAGUAAGAUAGGUUUACUAUGGGGAUUUCUGGCACUUCCCGAGAUGGACAGAGGUGUCAGACAGAAAGGAAAGAAGAACUUCCUGUGGAGCAUACAGCAGCUAAGAAGUACUGGAACGAUUAAGGUUUUUAAACAGAAGCAAUUUACAAAACUUUCACGCACCAGUUGACUUGAAAAAAAAAAAAAUUCCCCCGGAGUACCCCGUUUAAUAACACUGUCAAAGUGCCACGAUUGUCCUGAGAAGUCUGGUAUAAAACCCUGAAGUCUCAUAGGAUUGUGGAGGGUUAUACCAGACUUUUCCAGGCAACCACUUAAUUCUGACA